UGAAGCGUUUCAUCUAACUGCGCAAAAAAGGAAGCAUGUCAAUUUGCUAUUUAUUGAAGAUUAUCUUGCUUGCAUAUAAUUUGCUAUGUAUCAAUGCAAAUUAGCGCUAACUGAUGUAAAUAAUAUGUCAUAUCAUCGCGAGGUACCAUAACAUUUAUUCUCUCUUUCUUUAGUUACCUUCACUGUUUUAUCUCGCAAAAAAAAUUAGACAUCUAUAUUACCAAUUGCGAGCGAAUAACCUUUCUAUCCCAGCCACGAGGAGAAAUGGCGGAAUAAAAAAUUGGUUAUGCUAUGACUGCUAUAUUAUCAACAAACUCGAUAUGUCAUCAACUAUCAUGUACAUAUACAACAUCAAGAAGUUCCUUGAUUGCUUUAUUGCCUAUUAGGUCGUGCCCUGCUGCUUUCUUGGGAUUUAGGCGACUGAUCGAUUCUAUAGUCUCUGCAGAAGUGAAGGGUUCAAUAGGAGGGGACGUUUGGAAGGGGAUGUGCAGGUAUUCAGUAACGUCCGCGGCAGCUUUGGAGGAAUGGGGUUUGAAUACUUUAGACAAGUAUUUAGCAAACAGGUCGGCUUUUUCUAUAGGGCGUCCAUCCACCUUGCGGACGGCGGAUUGGAGGGAUUAUUUGUGGGGGGCGCGUGAGUUUCCUGGAGGUUUUCCAUAGUGAGUAGAUGGGGUCAGCUGUGGGGGAUAAACUGGCGA